GGGGAGGGGGAAGGGAGGCCUAAGAAAAGAAAAGGAGGGGGAGGAAAAACAAAAAGAAAAGAGAAGCGCCGAACCCCUCAGGUACAUCUGCUGCGCUCUACCUAGCUCAGCCACUCGCUCGGCGGGCGCCUGCCCCCUUUCUGCCUCAAAGCCAAUGGAGCAGCCGCGGGAAGCGCUGAUUGGCUCCGGGGAGGAGCAGGAGGCCAGAACAAUGCUGUCCUCCCCCCUUAAAAAGCGGGCGGUGAGGCUGGGCGACUGGGGGGGCAACAUCACCGAGACUCGGCGGCCGUGGCGCUCUGGCGGGGACGCCCGGGGAGUCCGCCGCAGUACAGACUGACAGCUGCGAAGUGAGGAGGCGAAGCGAGGCCUCCUCCUCCUCCUCCUCGGUUUCUCUCGCUCUCGUUUGGCUCGGCUGACGGAAGGAAGGCGGGCUGGUCGAAGAAGGACCCGGCUGGAUGCUAGCACCGCGCUUGCCGCUCAGAGACUGAGGAAGUAGCAUCACCAGCCGCAGACGCCUUCCGGAGCUGCCCGAGGAUGCCCCGGGGCUUUUUGGUGAAGAGGAGUCGCAGACCUACGCCCAUCUCUUACCGGACGCGUUGCUCCUGCUACCCGGCCGCUGGGCUGGAAGGAGGCGAUCCGGUGCAGCUCUUGGUUCCUCCACCUUUUCCCGCCCCUCAGUUCCCCAGCGCGGCUUCUGUCUCGGAAUCCGUUGAAGCGGCGCUUCUGCCUGCGCCCGCGGUGCCGCAGUUUGGGACGCCGGAGGGCCCCUCUUCGCCGGCGCCGCUGCACAGUCCAGCGCGAGCGGUGAGCGAGGAGCGUAGCCUCCACCUGGCCUCGCCCGUCUCGGCCGAGUCCUUUCCGGCGCCGGAACCGUUACUCUUGGGCCCUGGAGGAGAGCUCAAGCUUUGGGCAGUCGCGGCCGCCGCCGCCGCCGCCCUCGCUUCUGGCCCGCCGCCCGGCCCUCAGCGCAGCCAUGGGCCGAGCCCAGGCGCGUCGAAGCGGUCUCAGGGCAGAAAGGCCAAGGCGGCGCGCAAGUUGCACUUCGAGGACGAGGUGACUACGUCGCCGGUGCUGGGGCUGCGGAUCAAAGAAGGGCCGCCGGAGCCUGCUCUAGCCACGCAGCAACUGCAGCAGCAGCCGCCGCCUGGCUCGGCCGCGGGGCUGAGAGCGGGGAGCGCGCAGCCGCUGGGCGAAUUCAUCUGCCAACUGUGCAAGGAACGCUACCCGGACCCGCUGGCUCUGGCUCAGCACAAGUGCUCGCGUAUCGUGCGCGUCGAAUACCGCUGUCCCGAGUGCGACAAGCUCUUCAGCUGUCCGGCCAACCUGGCCUCGCAUCGCCGGUGGCACAAACCGCGGCCAGUCAACGGCCCCCCGACCAAGGUCAAGCCUGUUCCGGAGGAGACGGCCAAAGGAGGGGGCGGCGGCGGCGGCAACAGUAGUAGCAGCAGCGAGCGGGAUACGCCGAGUCCCGGGAGUGGUGGGGGCGGCAGCAGUGGAGAACCGGAGGCCGCCGGAGCCGAGGAAUUCGCCUGCCCGCGUUGCGCCAAGCGCUUCCGACGCCAGAGCGCCCUGCGUAAGCACCUGCCGCUCCACCACGAGCCCCUUGACGGCUUGUCCCAGGCUCGGCCGCCUCCCGAGGCCUGUCUGGAAGAGGCGGCGGCCGGCCACAGCCCGCUGAGCUUGUCCGGGGAGUGCCACCUCUGCCCAGUGUGCGGGGAGACCUUUCCCAGUAAGAGUGGUCAGGAGCGUCACCUCCGCGUGCUCCAUGCUGCCCAGGCCUUCCCCUGCAAAUACUGCCCAGCGACGUUUUACAGCUCGCCAGGCCUCACCCGACACAUCAAUAAAUGCCAUCCGUCGGAGAACCGGCAGGUCAUCUUGCUCCAGGUUCCCGUUCGCCCAGCCUGCUAGAGGGAGUCCCGCAGUGCCUUGCCUCCAGCACCAACACCACCGCCGCCCCGCCCGCCCGCCCGCUCGCUCGCUAGACCGACCUGCGGAAUGGCAAGGACUGUUAGACUUGGCUGGCCCUUCCUGCGGGAAUCCGGCCGGGUCAGUUUGCCAACCAGCGACGAUCCUUCUUCAGCUGCUGCUGCUGCUGUUUCGUAGGGCUCCCACCCACCCCCGACCCCUGCCAGCCACUGAGCAUCAGUUUGAUGCUGGGGUUUAUGGCGCCUAGCAGUGCCGCUCGGAGGGCGCGCUCUGGAGCAGCCCCUUCCCUCUUUUCCCUGCACCCGGGAGCUGCUCCAAGGUCCGAGCUGUUUUAAUGGGAAAAAAUCCCCGCUCUCUCUCCCGCUGCCCCAAGUGAAUCUUAAGGAAUGAUGAUGGAUGCCUUUACAUUUCACAGGCUGUGAACUGAACAUUUACCUACUUGAUUAGCUUUAUUAUGGCUUGUGAACUGCUGGGAUCUGGCUUUACCUUUUCGUUGUUGUUGGUUGGUUUGUUUCCUUAAAUUUUAUUUUGUAUGUGAACAAAAUCAAACCGCUUAAAGAUAUAACUUUGGUUAGUAUAGCCACAAUUGCCUUGACUUUAUUGUUGUUGAAAAAUGUUGUAGACGCUGCCUUAAUAUUAUAAAAUGCCAACCGUUCCGGUUUCUUUCUUUUUUGAACUAGAGAUAUUUGUUGACACUCUGUGUAUAUGUUGAUUUAUGCGCAAUGGUUAUUUAUUGGUUAUUUAUUAAUUAUGGUGUUUAUAUCAUUUUUGAUGUGCUUUGCCUUUCUCUUACCAUUUCACUGUGCUCUUAAGUGCUGCAGUCCCAAACUCACCUCCCUGGACGUAAGUCCUUCUGAAAUCUGUGGGGCUCAUUUCUAGGUAAAGAUACAUGGGGUUGCACCAUUACCUUCUUUUUAAAAAAAAAACAAAAAACAAAUCUGCUGAAAGGGAUUUAACUUUUAUAUCUAGAAUAAACAUACAACUGCAACUCUUAUUCUUGCUUGGAGAGCUCUCAAACAGCUCAGCUUACUUUUAGAUGCAAUCUCUUUUCUACACACAUUAUUUUCUUAACUGUUAGCUAUUUAUAGAAUGCUUCAAUAGAACUGUUUUAACUGUAUAAUUAUUUAUUAUUCAAAUAAAAUAUUUUCAAAUUCAAGUGUA